UGGAAAUGAACGGAUUCGCGCUGGAGUUCCGCCGAGUCUGACAGCCGGGGCAAGAGCAGCAAAACAAGGCUAAAGCGCUGCUACAAGGGAGCAACGCCGAGGACGUUUCGCUACAACGCUUCACGGAGACGGUUCUGGUGUUAGCGCGGUAGUUGGAGAAGCUUGUUGAGAGAGAGAGAGAGAGAGAGAGAGAGAGAGAGAGUGAAUGACGAGUAGAUUUCCAGCCUUCCAGCCAGAAUGCGACGCUCAUUGGUUUGAGUUAAAUACUUAGCCUGUUAGCAUGGCAUAUUUAUCUUGACACCGAUAACUACGUGUAGCUAUAUUUCAUAUGUAGCUACCCAACUCUAAUUAUAUUUAUGUAGUGAUGCAUAAAAGAAUUGUUUUUUUAGUGUCAGGGCUUAUGCCGUCGUACUUGAGAAGGCUGGUCGCAUGUUGUUGGGGUAGCUCGCUUAGCAAACGGUUAUGAGCAGCUUUACGAAUAAGACGCCUUUCAUUAGUCCCCCGGAGAGUCCUGAAAACGGAGAGACUAUCGUCGGGAGCCCAAACUGGGGACUCGGUAAUGACAGGUUCUCGUGUUCCUACGAUGAAUCCCUGGCGGCGCAGUCGGAUGUGGAGAGGCACCUGGGGCUGCUCCAUAACCGGCCGGACGCCAUGGCGCUGCACUUGGACCAGUCUUACCGGAAUGCUGCCGAGUCCUACCUCGAAGGCUCUCAGCUGGACUACAGCGAGAACAACGGGAACACGAGUCCGCUGGAGAGCAGGAGGAAAUACCGCUCCGGCGCUCCCAGACCGCGCUUUGAGGUCGUGGAGGAACUCGGCCCCGAGGAAGUGCGCUGGUUUUAUAAGGAAGACAAAAAGACGUGGAAAGCUUUCGUCGGGCAUGACUCCCUGAGAAUCGAGCUCAUGUACCGCAAAUUGUGUGAGCUGAGUCCGGUCCAGGAGAGCAACCCAGGCCACGCGGUACCGGAUGGAGAGGAUCAAUGUGAGCAUGCGUCAGCUGUGGCCUCGGUCCAGAGCUCCGAACAGCUCGAGGAGAGUGACCUGGCGAUCAGCAUUGAGGCAGUGUGUGUCCGAGGAGGACUCUACGAGGUGGAUGUCCGAGAGAAAGAGUGCUAUCCUGUGUACUGGAACCAGCAGGACCGCAUCCCUGUAAUGAGGGGACAGUGGUUUAUAGACGGCACGUGGACACCCAUGGAGGAGGAUGAGAGUGAACUCCUGGAGAAGGAGCACCUGAUGUGCUUCCGGGGACAACAGAUGCAGGACACUUUAGAAAAUGAUGUGGUGGCCAUGACCGUGGAUAGCAAAGAUGUUCUCUCCCACCUUCCUCCUUUCUACCUCCCGUUUCUGUUCAAAUGGAGCGGAUAUCAGAGGAGUACUAAAGGCCACAAGCGAAAGCGUUGCCAAGCCAUCCACAGCCUAAAGCUGAGUCGCAGCCAUGUUGACUGGCACAGUGUCGAUGAGGUGUAUCUGUACAGUGACGCCACCACCUCCAAGAUCGCCCGCACCGUCACACAGAAGCUUGGCUUCUCGAAAGCCUCAAGCAGUGGCACCAGGCUUCAUCGAGGCUAUGUGGAGGAGGCCUCUUUGGAAGAUAAACCCCCUCAGACAACCCACAUUGUCUUUGUUGUUCAUGGCAUUGGCCAGAAGAUGGACAAAGAUCGUAUUAUUAAGAACACAGGCAUGCUGCGAGAGGCUGUGCGGAAAAUGGAAGAGAAACACUUCGCCGAGCACACUGAGGAGCAUGUCGAGUUUUUGCCAGUAGAGUGGCGCUCCAAACUGUCCCUGGAUGGAGACACAGUCGACUCCAUCACGCUAGAUAAAGUGCGGGGGCUGAGAGACCUACUGAACAGCAGUGCCAUGGACAUCAUGUAUUACACCAGCCCUCUUUACAGAGAUGAGAUCACUAAAGGCCUAACCCAGGAACUCAACCGACUGUACUCGCUCUUCUGCUCUCGGAACCCAGAGUUUGAGCAGAAAGGGGGCAAAGUGUCCAUCGUUUCCCACUCUCUAGGCUGCGUGAUUGCAUAUGACAUCAUGACAGGCUGGGACCCUGUGCGUUUUCGCCUUCAGGAGCCUGAUGAUGAGGAGUUGCGCUGGAUGAGCUACAAUGAGCGCCGUCUGUUGGAGCAGGUGCAACAUGCCAGACAAAGAUUGCGAGAACUGGAGGAUCAGCUUCAGGGUCUGGAGGCUACUAAACCUCCUGCUGCUCCUGAAUUGAAGUUUAAGGUAGAGAACUAUUUCUGCAUGGGCUCUCCCCUAGCUGUGUUCUUGGCAUUGCGUGGCAUUCGACCAGGGAACAGUGGAUACCAGGACCACAUCAUGCCAAAAUCCAUCUGCCAGCGCCUUUUCAAUAUCUUCCACCCCACAGACCCAGUGGCAUAUCGACUGGAGCCUCUUGUGUUGAAACACUACAGCAAUAUUGCACCUGUCCAAAUACACUGGUGCAACACCUCCAAUCCAACACUAUACGAUGAAAUGAAACCCAUUUUCCUGAACCCAGUGAAGGAUCCCACUUCAGACACUGAAAGCCUCCCCAGCCCCAGUACAUCGCCCGUAAUGUCCCGACGACCCUAUGGAGACUCCAUCACCACACUGGGCAAGGCCAGCAUACUGGGUGCUGCCAGCAUUGGCAAAGGCAUUGGAGGAAUGUUGUUCUCCCGUUUCUCACGCUCCAGCAGUCAACCAUCAGGAGUGGAUUCUGCAGCAGUGGAGGGUGAAGAGAAGAGCCAGUCGGCAUAUGGUCUGUCUACCAUGUCCCAGUCUACCUCCACCAUCAUUGAUACUACAGCAGAGAUGGAGCACCGCAUUGACUUUGAGCUGCGGGAAGGCUUGGUUGAGAGCCGCUACUGGUCAGCAGUCACCUCUCACACAGCCUACUGGAACUCUCAUGAUGUGGCCCUGUUCCUGCUGACCUUCAUAUACAAAUCACAGAGCUCAUCUGAGACAUGCCAAGACAGUCCUGACCCUGAGUGACCCAGAGAUAUGACCACACAAGUCCAGUCCCCACACAGAUAGAUCUGUCUUCUCCUAAAGAAAAUGAAAACACUCAAGCACACUCCCUCCCUCCCACACUCCCUCAUUUUGCCUCAUAAAAAUGCUUCUUUGUCAUACAAAGACUGAUUACCAUUUUUCCUGUUGCUUUUGCAACAACCUUUCCCAUUAACCCGGUAACCAUCGACUCCUACUGGGCAAACUCUUUGAUACAUUGAGACAUUGAGUAUAACUUUAGUCCUAGGAAUGUUUUGUAAGGCUUUGUUUUGGGUGCUGUUGAGGCCUUUUCAGCCAGUCCCUUACCAUGCUUGGCAUUAUGUACACUUGGAUGUGCAAGGCGUGUGUGUGUGUGUGUGUGUGUGUGUGUGUGUGUGUGUGUGUGUGUGUGUGUGUUUUCUUCACCAACCCUGAACCAGUCCACACGUAUUAUGGAACUGCAUUUUUUCUAAAGCCUAAACCAGACAUUAUUUAAGGGCACACAACACCCAAGCAUGAACCACUCCAUUCUGUUAAUGUCCAUUUCUUUAGGCUAUUUAUUCUUCAUUUGCACAAUGUUAAAAAUAUCCACAUGGAGACACUUACCAAGCAAAUACCCAAUGCAACACUUUAUCUUUAUUUAUUGAUAUAGUAAUAUAUGAGGAUUGUGCAUAGUACUCUAAUUUUUUGGGGAAAGUAUUUCAAGAUUUAGAUGUUUAUUUUUACUGUAAUAUUCCUGGAGAAUACUGGACCUCUUUAAUGACAGACAAUAUUUGGAUUCUCAAACUGGAGAAGAGUGAACCAUUAACAAAAAGGAAUGUCCUUUUUGUACAGGAGAUAUAUAAUAAGAAGCAAUUGUCAUAUUCAAUUGAUUUUACAACCAGAUGGUGCUGUAAGGAUACAAAGAUAACAGUGCAUUUUCCUAAGCCAGUAAUAUGGCUGAUUCUAAUUUGCAUGGAGUUUUGAGGAUGAAAUUGCUGCUGCAUUGAUUUUGUAGCCAAACUUAACAUUAUACAGUCAUACUUGAGUCAGGCCACGUGUUGAUGCAUUAAACUGCUGCAUAUGUGUGUGCUGGUGCAUUGUUACUUUGGAGUGUUAGAACUACUGUUUAGCUUCAAAGGGAUCAUCUCAUUCUUACUUAUUAUUUCAACCUGAUUUCAUCCACCAAAUACAGUGGAGUGGAAUCACAUAGGCUGAUUUGGGUGUUCUGUUUUUAUGUAAUUACACUAGUAAUUAGGCCAAGAUGUCUGGACUCAGAGAUUAGGCAUUACUUUCCAAUGUUCUUUUGCCUCACGGUAAUGUGGUAUUCAGGCACCUUUGACCUUUAGGCCCAUAGUAAUAAACAGAAAUAUAUAUAUAUAUAUAUUUUAUAUAUAUUUAGUUAUCAGUUGUGAAAUUACAGUAAUAGUCCUUGAAAAUUGUGAUGUUCCAAUCAGAGGCCAAAUGUUCUAGCUAUAAAAUUCUUACUGAUAGGAAUAGAUAGUUCAUGUUGAAGCUUUUAGUCUUGUGUCUUUUAAGCACUUUUGAGAUAUUAGAUAUGCAAUGGGGGGAGCGAAUGACCAGAGGGAUUAUCAAUAAAAAAUGAAAUGGAACCAACUUUUUUUUUUUUUUUUUUUUACAGCCAGCAUCUGCUCCGUUUUGUGUCUACAUUGUGUUUGAAAUCCCCAAAGGCCAUGCUUUACCCCUCUAUGGCAAGGGCUGCAGUAUGCUUAUUUAUUUUUGUUUUUGUCAUUGUAUGCCCACACAAGUGCAGUUAAUAAGUGUUUGUUAGCCUGUGUGGAUAUUUCAAAAUGGCCAGGUUGCCUUUGAGGACCACAGAGCCAACCCUCUGUUGGGAAGCUGACAUGGCUUUUUCCCCUUGCACUGAAGGAUGAAAUGGAGUUAUUUAUGACUCACUGUUAUUAUUGGCAAUAGGAAACAGAAAUUAAUGAAGGGCCAGACCUUGCACAUUACCGCACGGCUAUAAAUUGCACAGAACAGAAUAAAAGAUGCUCUUGAUGUGCAUUUAUGUUUUUGGUUCUUCCUGUGUUGCAUUAUGGAAGAGAAUGCAUUGUCCUCAGUUGCUUGAAUUGUGAUAACAUUAUCCAUUUAAACAUUAAUCACUGGCAAAACAGGUCAGAGUCAUGGAGGGUUUGUUUCAUAGGACAUGUUUUUUGUUAUUUCCCUCCAGGCUGUGCCUCAUAUUCUCUGCAUGCUCCAGUUAUACCAAUGACUAAUGGAAUAAUUUUAGGCAAUUUAUAGCCUCAUAAAUGCAGUAGGACAUUUUCUGCAUUAGUGCUGCUUCAAGAUCUUUCAGCCCAGUAAUUAAGAGAUUCAAAUGGUUCACCUAAACACUUGGCAUGGGCACAAUAAGUGAAUGUGUGCUACAAUAUAUGCAGGAUGUGGGCAUUCCUCAGAUGCAUGCUCAGGUUUGAGGGGGUUUUUUUUUGGGAUGUUUAGAGAUAUAAUCUCUGAUCUUCUUGAAUAACAUAAGCUACAAAUGCUAUUUUUGUAUUUGCUAACUUAUAAUUGGCCUUUUAUCAGGGCAUCUUACCAAAUUAUCACUGGAGAAAUUCAUGACUAAUCUUCCGGUAUACUACAAUAAAGGAUCCUCUUGUAUGUACUUUGUUCUGCAGCUUAAAGGUUUCCCGAACAUAUUAUUAGUUCAUUCAAACCAUGUCCCAAAUGACUGUUAUUUAAAUGUACAAGCUUGGAAAGACAUGCUGUGCAAUAACCCAUGCCUGUAAUGGAUUCAAACUGCCAUCCGAAUAACACUGUAUUUAUUUCAGUUUAUUAAAGCAUUACUCUUUUUCUUUUUUCGUUUUGGUACAGUGCUUUUUUCUUUCUUUCAGCAUACAGUCCUUUACUUGAAAUGUUUUUCAUUUUUUUUGUUUCUAUUUCUGUGGUGAUCGUAAACAGAAUAUUGUUGCCUGAAACAUGUAAGUGGAGGAGUCCAAAAAUGUGUGUGUAGGACGAGCAGAAUUCCACAGUGAAGGGUGUUUUCAAAAUAUUUACAAGACUGCUGUCUACACUGAUUCUAUGCUCAAUGAUGCACAUUGCCUGCACUAAUUUCAUCAUGAUAAAAGGUA